AAUAACGUACUUGGAUAGGUCAAGGACAUCAUAGAGUCUAUAUAAUGUCCUUUCUGCGGCCUUGAACGAUCAAAGAAAAAGUUAAGUGUAACUGCCUCUUUGUCUUUGUACCCCAUCGAAUUCGACGUUGGUCUCAUAAACAUCUUCUCUUUUUCACAAUGCAGGUAACCAUGUCGUCAGUCACUGGGCUUCUCGUCUGCCUACUUGUCAUCUCGACCCUGCUGGCGUCAGUAGAGGCGCAGUGCAGCGGCUACAAAUGCUGUGAUGAGGGGGAUAAGAGCUGCGUCAGAAAAACAGACGAUGACAAGCCAUGUUACUGCGAGCCUGACUGUUUGUACCGGGAGGACUGCUGUCCGGACUACCAGAAAACCUGUGUAUUACUGAACGGCGCGGAAAUGCAUUACCCCGGCGACAAAUUCGUCACAACCUCGAUACUUGAAGCUAUGACUCGUGUGGACACUGCGAUUAACAGAACCAAGCAGAUGCACGAUGAUCCGAACAGAGAAGUGACGCCAGAAGACUUCCUGGACCUGUUCCGUCACAUGAGUCAGGGCGCCCAGCGGGAGGCACGGGCGGCUCAGAUUUUUGAGAUUACCCUUCAGCUGGUGGCAGAGAAGGUCAAGGCUAACCUUAGGAUUAGCAAGAUGUUCGGAGACAUUCCUUCCAUCAGCGAGAUGAUCUCUCAGGAGCAGCUCAACAAAAUCGCCUCCCUCUCCGGCUGCGCACGCUCCGUGACCCGGGUCAACUGUUCCUCAGACUGCCUCUCCAGCAAGUACCGCACCAUCGACGGGAGCUGCAAUAACAGGGAAAAUCCGCUCUGGGGCUCUUCACUCACACCCUUCCACCGUUUCCUGCCGCCGAUCUACGAGAACCAGUGGAACGAGCCCGUGGGCUGGAACAAGACUCGGGAGUACAACGGAUUCACCCUGCCCAGCGUCCGCCAUGUUUCCAACCAGCUGAUGACCACGCCGACAGACGUGGAGGAUCCUGACUACACCCACAUGCUGACUCAGUGGGGACAGUUCUUGGACCACGAUCUCGAUCUGACCGCAACCGCUGUGGGGCGCACCAUGUUCAGACCCGGGAUGAACGUGACCUCGUGUUCAGAGACCUGUGAACACAUCAUCACGGCGGUAUGUCUAAUUGAGCUCAAGAGAUUUCGUGCCAGGUACAGUACUGUACUGUACAUAUGUCGCCAAGAUUAUCGUCCAUUUUCCUAUACAAGUGGGGACGUAUUUGCCGUACAUACUCUAGACCGCCGAGGUGAACAUGCCGAGAUAACCAUGUCGUCAGUCACUGGGUUUCUCGUCUGCCUACUUGUCAUCUCGACCCGGCUGGUGUCAGUAGAGGCGCAGUGCAGCGGCUACAAAUGCUGUGAUGAGGGGGAUAAGAGCUGCGUCAGAAUAACAGACGAUGGCAAGCCGUGUUAUUGUGAGCCUGACUGUUUGUACCGGGAGGACUGCUGUCCGGACUACCAGAAAACCUGUGUAUUACUGAACGGCGCGGAAACGCGUUACCCCGGCGACAAAUUCGUCACAACCUCGAUACUUGAAGCUAUGACUCGUGUGGACACGGUGAUUAACAGGACCAAGCAGAUGCACGAUGAUCCGAACAGAGAAGUGACGCCAGAAGACUUCCUGGACCUGUUCCGCCAGAUGAGUCCGGGCGCCCAGCGGGAGGCACGGGCGGCUCAGAUUUUUGAGAUUACCCUUCAGCUGGUGGCAGAGAAGGUCAAGGCUAACCUUAGGAUUAGGAAGAUGUUCGGAGGUAGGAUUCUUCCUACAGCUAGAAUUCUAGGUGACAUUCCUUCCAUCAGCGAGAUGAUCUCUCAGGAGCAGCUCAACAAAAUCGCCUCCCUCUCCGGCUGCGCACGCUCCGUGACCCGGGUCAACUGCUCCACCAACUGCCUCUCCAGCAAGUACCGCACAAUCGACGGGAGCUGCAAUAACAGGGAAAAUCCGCUGUGGGGCUCUUCACUCACACCCUUCCACCGUUUCCUGCCGCCGAUCUACGAGAACCAGUGGAACGAGCCCGUGGGCUGGAACAAGACUCGGGAGUACAACGGGUUCACCCUGCCCAGCGUCCGCCAUGUUUCCAACCAGCUGAUGACCACGCCAACAGACGUGGAGGAUCCUGACUACACCCACAUGCUGACUCAGUGGGGACAGUUCUUGGACCAUGACACAGAUCUGACCGCAACCGCUGUGGGGCGCACCAUGUUCAGACCCGGGAUGAACUCGACCUCGUGCUCAGAGACCUGUGAACACAUCAUGCCGUGUUUCCCCAUCCCCAUUCCUGAUGACGACCCCCGCAUAAACAACACUCACGAUAAGGCCUGUAUGCCGUUCACCCGCUCCAGCGCCGUGUGCGGGACAGGAGAGACGUCCUCCCUCUCCAACACCGUCAUCCCCCGCGAACAGAUCAACCAGAUCACCAGCUUUAUCGACGCCUCCCAAGUCUACGGCUCGACCUCCGAAGUUGCCCAGUCACUGCGAGACUUCAGUACAGAUGACGGUCUGUUGCGCGUCCAGGAAGGAGCAGACAUCAGCUCAGGAAUGGACCUACUUCCUUUCCAGAACGAGGAGGUGACCUCCUGCAAUCAGGAUACCAAUGGAGGGGACUUCGUCCCAUGCUUCCUUGCGGGCGACACCAGGGCUAACGAAGUCAACACGCUGAUCGCCUCACACACCAUCUGGCUCCGCGAGCACAACAUAAUCGCCCGGGAGCUGAAGCGUAUCAAUCCGCACUGGAACGGGGAACAGAUCUACCAGGAGGCCCGUAAGAUCGUCGGCUCGGAGAUGCAGCACAUCACCUUCGCCGAGUACCUCCCCAAGAUCCUCGGGCCAAGAGGAAUGGACCAGAUUGGGGAGUACGCCGGGUACGACCCAGCCGUGAACCCCUCAACCCGAAACGGGUUCGCCACCGCCGCCUUCAGGUUCGGACACGCCGCCAUUGGAGGAAUGCUCAGGCGUUUUGAUGAGAAUUACGAGGAGGACCCUGAGAUCGGGAACGUCGCCCUCCACGACACCUUCUUCUCGCCGUGGCGCAUCGUGAAGGAGAGCGGUGUAGACUCGGUGGUCAGGGGGCUCCUCGGAGGGUUCGCCAAGCUGGUCACUCCUACAGACGUAAUGCACGAGGAGCUCUCCCAGAAGCUCUUCGCCCUGAGGAACCAGAUAGCGCUGGAUCUGGCCUCUCUCAACACCCAGCGCGGCCGUGACCACGGGCUGCCCUUCUACAACGACUGGAGAGCCUUCUGUAACCUCAGUCGGGCAGAAUCCUUUGACGACCUCUCCGGUGAAAUCUCCAACUCAGACGUACGUGACAAGCUGGCUGACGUAUAUGGUGACGUCAACAACAUUGACGUAUUUCCCGCAGCUCUGCUGGAGGAUCACGAGGACGGCGCCAGAAUCGGACCGACCUUCAGGUGCAUGAUGGCGGAGCAGUUCAAGGCAUACCGCGACGGGGACAGGUUUUGGUUUGAGAGCGACGGUGUCCUCAGUCCCGAACAGCGUGACGAAAUCAGUCGAGUGACCUUAGCCCGCGUCAUCUGCGACAACACCGGCAUCACCCGGCUGCCGCCUGACGUGUUCCGGCGCACUGCCGUGGCUGACAUGGUGGCGUGUGAGGACAUCCCCGGCAUCAACCUGCAGUUCUGGGAGGAAAUCCCUGAAGACGGGCCUUGUGGGGAGCCUGAGGAAGUCGAGAACGCGUAUGUGCAGACGUGUGGCGCCCAAUCCCCAGACACUCACAUCUACACGUGCGACCCCGGCUACGGCAUGUCAGGGGCUGCUGAGAUCCGUUGCCUCGAGGGAGUGUUGGACAGUCCGCCGCCAACAUGCUCAGAUGCAGACGGCUGUUCGCCAAAUCCAUGUCACCAGGAUGCCACCUGCACGGACAACCCCGCCCCUGCCCUCGGGGCCACGUGUGUGUGUGACGAUGGUUACCUAGGAGACGGGUUAGCAGAUGGAAGUGGAUGUACUGCUUGCCCCGUCCUGUACCCCGGCCUACGCCCUGCCCAAAACUUCGACAUCUACCAGAACCAGUGCUUCUGGUACUCACCCAGGCAUACGCGGCUGAACUACAAGGACGCCCGUCUGGAGUGCGAGGCGCAUGGCGGCACGCUGGCCAUGAUCAAAGACGACGAUGUGCAAAGUUUUAUCCUGACCCUCCUGAAGGGUAAAACUCAAAGGAAGUACUGGAUUGGCCUGGAUGACACGGCCACAGAGGGUGAGUUCGUGUGGAAUGACGGGACCCCGCUCGGAACCUUUCGGAAGUUCAAGUCCAAGGCCCCUCACAAACGCCGGGACUGCGUGGUACUAUGGAGGACCAACAGGCACAGUCGCUGGUACCGCUUCAGCGGCGGGAUGAGGCUGCCGUACAUCUGCCAGCUGGGUACAAGUAGCUAA